UUCAGACCAUUUCUCCAGUUUGUCCAGAUCAUUUUGAAUAUUAAUCCUAUCCUCCAAAGCACUUGCAAACCCUCCCAGCUUGGUAUCGUCCACAAGCUUGAUAAGUGUAACAGAGAGACUCUGUUACUGGGAGGGUUUCACCAUGUCUCGGAGGGUUACAUCCUGGUGGGAGAGGGAUAGGGCUGUACUGGAAUAAGGUCACUCUGUGCUUCACAGUGUGGCAGAACCUAGAAUGUCCAUUAGCAGGGAAAAAUCUGGGGGGAAUCGGCUUGUGGAAUUGACAAAAGCCCUGUCUGAAUUCUCUCACAUUGCCCUUCUCACCCUGGCAGGCUACAAAAUAACAUCCACGUUUCACUCCAGAUCAUCCCGUCCUCCCAGCGGGGAGGAAAUGGCUGCAAUGGAGCUGGCUCUGUUUAUGUGGAGAGUGUUGGGAUUCCUACCAGGGAGCCACCAGCAGGGUCCAGAGACAGCCCCAUCUCCUAUAUCAGGCUCUGGCUAGUAGAGACAAGGGAAUAAUUGUCACCUGUCCAUGGGAGGAUCUCCGCUUGGCUGAGUGAAGCAUACAUGGGCUCGUUAUGUUUCUGGGAGCAGGAAGAACUGGGCUCGCAGACGCAGGGAGCUCUACCGGAGCGAAGACAAAUGAACAGGGUUUCCAAUGUCCAAACCUGAUGUGAUCUCACAGCUGGAAUGAGGGGAACAGCCGUGGGUCUCAGACCUCUAUGGCUCUGAAAAAAGUGCUCCCGAGAGCUGACUGCACAGGGAGUGACCUAUGUCUGGAUUCUCUCUGUCUCCCAUCAGGUGACGGGAUGGUGAGUGAGAACGAGGAGACACCCCAGCAGGAAGAUGCUGAGCAAAUAGAACCACAUGAAAUAUUAUCAGGAAGAUCCAAAGGGAAUGAUUCCGGGAGUUGUGCACUCCCAGAAAAAGCCUGUGAGACUCAGCACAGGCCAGAGGAAAACUUCAGUAGCCACUCAGACCUUAUUACACGCGAGAGCAUCAACUUGGAAGAUACAUGCUACAUAUGCCAUGAGUGUGGGAAAAGCUUCAAUGGGAGCUCUGACCUUCUCGCACAUCAGAGAAUCCACAGAGGAGAGAAACCCUACACGUGCUCUGAGUGUGGGAAAAGCUUCAAUCGGAGCUCACACCUUACCAGACAUAGGAGCAUCCACACAGGAGAGACGCCCUUCACAUGCGCUGAGUGCGGGAAAAGCUUCAAUCGGAGCUCAAGCUUUAUUAGACAUCAGAGAAUCCACACAGGAGAAAAACCCUACACGUGCUCUGAGUGUGGGACAUGCUUCAGUUAUAACUCAGUCCUCAUCUCACAUCGGAGAAUCCACACAGGAGAGACACCCUACAUGUGUUCUGUGUGUGGGAAAAGCUUCAAUCAGAGCUCAAGCCUUAUUAGACAUCAGAAAAUCCAUACGGGAUGGACACCCUACACAUGCUCUGAGUGCGGGAAAUGCUUCAGUUAUAGAUCAGCCCUUAGCACACAUCAGAGAAUUCACACAGGUGACAAACCCUACGGAUGCUCUGAGUGUGGGAAACGCUUCAUGGAUAGUUCAGCCCUCAUCACACAUCAGAGAAUCCACACAGGAGAGAGACCCUAUAUGUGCUCUGAGUGUGGGAAAAGCUUCAAUCAGAGAUCACACCUUAUUAGACAUCAGACAAUCCACAUAGGAGAGACGCCCUACACAUGCGCUGAGUGUGGGAAAAAUUUUAAGCAGGGCUCUGCCCUGAUCACACAUCAGAGAACCCACACAGGGGAGGUGCCCUACAAAUGCUCUGAGUGUGGGAAACGCUUCAGUUAUAGCUCAGCCCUCAUCUCACAUCAGAGAAUCCACAGUAGAGAGACGUCCUACACGUGCUCUGAGUGUGGGAAAAGCUUCAAUCAGAGUUCAAGCCUUAUUAGACAUCAGACAAUCCACGCAUGAGAGAACUGUAAUAAAUGCCUUGAUUCCGGCUGGCAAAAGAUUUUGUUUUUUUAAAAAAUCACAAUUGCGAAUUCCCACAUAGCGAUCUUUGCACCAUCUGCACCGUGGUCUCUCAGCUCCCCUAGAUGAGUUGCCUGCUUCUGCCUUUUGCAGCUCCCCGUUCUUUGGGGUCAGUCCUGUGAUUUUUUUUCUAUCAACUCUUCCUUUUGAGUCAUGGGACUGUGUGUCCCUUCAGCCAGGAAUGUUCAUCAGCUCCAGGUGGGGGAGAGAGGUUUGAUCCCAACAAGCUACACUGAGGCAAAAACUACCUGGGCCUGACAUCGACUAGGACUGCACAUGGUGUUGGCUGCUCAAGUUAGUGAUCUUGGUGUAAAAAGACAAUUAUAGUUGUAGUGCAGAUGUAGCCCAGGUGCGGUGAUUGGCAUUAGCUUUCCCCAUGACCUGACCUAAACUCCAUCACUUUUCCUAGUUUAAACAAACCCUGAGCAUCACGGUUAUACUGUCCUCCCAUUUCAAAGCAAUUGUUAGUCAUCAACAAAUUGUUUCGUUCCUAGUUGCUCUGAUGUUGCUUCAGGUUGUGCUGGAGAGCAGAUAUUUUUACUACCGCUUUUCUCACUUAAAAUAUAUUGAACUAUAACAAAGAGCAGGAACAGGGCAGGGAUAGGAAAAAAUGUCAUUUCACCCUCUGUAACAACAGAAGAAGAAGAAGGGGUAAGUCAGAGGGAUUCCCUUAUUCCCCAUCACCAUCCCAAUCCCCCUGUUGUUCAGUUGGUUAGGUCAAUAUUUUUUCUAAAGGGCUGGGAAGAGGAUUCCCUAGUAAAUGACUUGGAACUAGGCAAAAUACCCAUGCAUUGGGUUCCCAAAGCAGUUGUGGCCCAGGCCCUGCAGGAGGUCACUCCUGAAGUGAUCUCCUCCCUAAUCAGGUGUGUGUUGCCUGUUAUUUGGGAAAUGCAAUCCCUAUCUAGGUAGCGAUGGGGAAAAUGGAAGUGACGUUUCUGUUCAGUCACCCCUGGAGAUGCUGCAAAUAUGUAGGAAAUGAAAUCCGUGUUGAAUGUGAUAUAGCUGCAGAAAGAUACCUAUUUCCAAUAGAUACCUGACAUUUGGUGUUUUACAGGGAUUCUAAGCCACUCCUGAAUUUAGUCCCUAAUUUGAAUCUGUGCCACCAGAUAAAGGAAAUAAAAGGGUAUAUUUGGGGGAGUUAUUCUUCACUUUCACUACUGAUGUACUGUGUGGUUGGUGAAGAAUUCUAUGACGGAGAAGUGUAAAAUUACUCCAAGAAAGGGCAAAGAUUGGACAAGAACUCAGGUAGAAACUGCAGGUACGAGUAGUUGAUUUUCACCCUAGAGAUGGAAGCUAUGGUGACCUGUGGCCCAGGUAAACUAUUUUUAAAACGCUGCUCCCUAGUUAAAUGGUAUUGAUCAUGGUCCUAAAGGAUGCCAUGAUUAAAUUGGGAACAACUGUUUUUUACCAUUUGGAUCCAAACUUUCAUGAAGCACAGAGAGAAACAGCUGAUUCCUUCAGAGCCAUUCCAUGAAUAUGGGUCCCAAUCUGGCUGACUUGCUGGACAAGAAGCACUUCCAUGCUGGGCAAAUGAUGGUAGCCAAUGAGGGAAUGUAUCAGAUUCCAAGUUCAGACUGCAGGAUACAUGAAUGUUGAGUCCAGAGUCUGGUUUGGUCUCUUAGCUUUGCUAUUAAGUCAUGCAUUUAUAUCACUUCUCCACCUGCUGCUACUUUGAAAGAUUAGAAAGUGUGAAAAUAGAGCACAGGUGCUUUUUCUCAUAAUGCAACUUUCCCACGACGUGUGAGACCCCCUUCCAUCCACACGUAUGGGAGAAGAGCCAGGGAGAAAUGAACUCACAGAAAUGGAAGGCUCCUAGGUUAUUAUAGAAUGUGACUUCACACAAAGCUCACUGGAUGGAAAUGGGAAUUAAGAGAAAACUGCCCUAUAGGUUUAUAUUUUGUAAUCUUUGAAUAAGUUAUUACCAGCAACGAUUAAAUUAAACAUGAAGUUAAUUAGUAUAAAAUAAGAGGCUGAUUAUGUGAUAACUUUCAGUGUUACAAUAUAGUUCUAG